AGGAGAGAAUAAAGUUCAGGAAGACAUGGCGAUUAUCUUCUGGCAUUUGAGGGAUUAGUCUCAUUCCCAAGAGCAGAACCAGGAAUGACGGCUGUAAGCUGCAGUGAGGAAGAUUUAAGUUUAAUACCAGAAAAACUUCACAACAAUUGAAGUUGUCUGAAAAUGGAAUGGACUGCUUCAGGUCUUCUGCUGAAACCUAGAGGAUGGCUUUGCAAAGACAGUGGAAGUGAAGGCUUCUUUCAUUCCAGCAUGGGAAGGAUUAGGGGGCCUCUGAAGUCCCUUCCAAAUUUCAGGUUUUGUGACUCUUGUGAUGCAAACAAGUUCAGAGUACCUAACUGAACUGGUCACAGUGUUCCCUGAGAAGCAGGGAUGGGACAGGAUUAGUUCUUCAUUUUGUAAACAAAUUAGCACCAUGGAGAAUUUCUCCAAGGCUUCCAAAGACCAGGAGUAAGAACAGAGUCAAUCAGUUAACACGCUUUCAGACUAUCCAUGAAGCACGUAUCAACGUGCUAGGUGUGUGAGUACAUAAGGACUCCCCCUAGGAGGUUUACAGUCUAAUAGAAGAAGGUAGGAAAGCCCACACAAAGGGAGGCAGCCAUUGCAAAGGUGACAGAAGGACUGAUGAUGGUUAAUUUUGGAACAUGGCUCAUAUCAAUCAAGGAGAAUUUCUUGAAAGGAGGGGCAUUAUAGAGGAAAUUUUUGUUCAUGUGUGGGUUAGACUAGACGGUCUCUGAGGUCCGUUCCAACUCUGAAAUUCUGUGAUUUGGGCUACUGUGUUAAAGGUUCUAGACUCCCAAAUCCCAAAUCCCUAAACACAUCUCAUGUAAAUUAUCUCUCCCAAUUCAUAGUCUUCCUUAAAUACACAGUGCUUUGCAUAUAGUAGUUGAUUAAUAAGUGCCUACUGAAUUAAAGAGGCAUCAUGAUAUGGUGGACUUGGAGUCAGGAAGACCUGGGUUCAGAUCUCACCUCAGACACUUACUACCUGUGUGACCCUGGGCAAGUCACUUUACUGUCUGCCACAGUUUCCUGAUCUAUACAAUGAACAUAUUAGACUCACUGGUUUCUAAUGCCCUUUCCCAAUCUAAAUCUAUAAGCCUAGGAAGUGCUAAUGUCUAGUACAAUUCUCAAGAGUUUGUAUAAAUUCUAUAUUGAUUGCACCUUGUUAGUCUUUGACAGAGAAACUAGGGUCCAAAGUUCUGUUGCUUGCCUGCACCAAGUGAUGUGAGGUAGAGAAGCAUCCAGGAGACUAGUACGUGCCACAAAGCCCUCUCCGCAUUAACCAACCCCAUUGACUUUUUUUUCCCCCCGGCAAGGCUAGAAUUCAGUAUGAGCUUCAGACUUCUGAUUUAAUAGCUUCUAGAAUACCACAUGGCAAUGGAAUGAUGAUGUUGGCUUUCUCUAGUUUCAUAAUCAUCUCCAUCAACACCUUACAAGAGGGAAAAGUGAUGGAAGAGGAAGGCUAUGUGUUGAGGGUGGUGAGUGGGGGAUAGCAACUUCAGGAAAAUAUUCUCUGGUGUUGAUAUGUGGGAGCAGAAUGCUUGGGAUGUUUCUCCCAUGGGAUGUUUCUCACAUUCUAUCCUUGGUGCUGACUUUACAGUCUUUAUGAAAAAAAACCAAAACUUCUGCUUUACUCAACCAUUUGGAACUGUAGUCACAGUUGGGAGCCCACAUGCAGGAGGAAGAAUCUGAAUUGAGUGAGAAAGGGCAUAAAAUCACCCAAGCAUCUGGACUUGUGUCAGCUUGAACUCUUUCUCUAGGUUGGAGGUUGCCUGUAAUUUCCUUCUUUCUUGUCCUUAUUUGGACCUUCCAGCAUCCGAGCAACAAGCUUGGGGAGAGAUGGAUCCUGGCCAGCCAUCCUGUUUCCCUAAAUUGUUUCCACAGCAAGGAAGCAAAGAAUCCUGAGGCAUCUUUGUGAGAUAAUCAAGGAUUUUUUUUUUUUGGUUCCUCUCACACCUUCAAAGUGUGAAACCUCUUCAGUCAAAUCAACAAGAAUGUGACUCUUGCAGCCUAGGGUUCCUGAGGCUGUGACAACCGUUGAAGUGCAGAGGCCACCUCUACAAUGAGGUUGUGACAGUCUGCACUGGACUGAUAACUUUAAAAGGACAUCUUCUCUUGGCUCCUCGCUCCAGUCCUUUAUCACUGCAAGUGACAGAAUGGGGAGGGGUACACCCCUUGGGCGGUCUCAGGGUGCUGUAGGGGGAUAUAAAAAGGCAAAGAGGCAGACUGGGAGGCAUAAGAGAACAGGGUCAGAAGACCAAGAGCAGAGAGGAGAGAGAAGAGACAGCAAGUGUUUGACUGACUGAGAUUGAAGACCAAUCACAGCAUGGGCUCCUUCACUACCAUCUCCAUCAGCAUUCUCCUCCUUUUGACUUUGCAGCUUCAAGGUCGAACCAAAGCCAAUCCUGUGUCUAAUAAUGACCUGGUGGAUUUCAAGAAUUUGUUGGACCGCCUGGAGGACAAGAUACCUUUAGAAGACGAGGUCAUGGCCUCACAAGGACUUAAUGAGCAGAAUGAAGAGGCUGAGGAAGCACUCAGCCCCCUCUCUUCCUGGAGUGAGGAAGUCAGCCCAGCCCAGCGAGAGGCAGCUUUCAACCGGGGUACUUGGGAGCAAUCUGAGAGAUCUGCCCUCCUGAAGAACAAGCUUCGGGCACUCUUGACUUCUCCUCGAAGUCUGAGGAGGUCUUCCAGCUGCUUUGGGGGCAGGAUUGACAGAAUAGGAGCCCAAAGUGGACUUGGUUGCAACAGUUUUAGGGUAAGGAGAUAUGAGAAUGGGAUAAGGAGGAAAGAAGUCUUAUAGCUAUGCUAAUACUCAAGCAGAGGUAGAGGGGCUCACUACCAAGUGAAAUUCCCAGCAGACACAGGGACUAGAUUCUUACUCCCUUUGAAAUAUAUGACUCUUACCUUUGGGAGUAUCUGUAGCUACAGUAUGUUUAGGAAGCUGUAACAAUCAUGCUUGAUUCUCCAAAGGGGUGAGUGUCCCCCGAUGUAUUAGAGAAUUAAAACUUCCAUAGAAUCACAUUGUUUUAUAAUGUGAGUGGCUUCAACAUAUUUUCCUUUCCAGAGUUAUAAAAUUGAAGGGUCAAAUAGAAUGGGUUGUUGGUGGUGGUCCUUCAUUUUUGAAGAGGACCAAUGACAUCAUGAUGGAAAAUAAGUAGAUGAUAAGGUAAAAUACUGGAUGAUAGGCGAUGUCUUGACUUGCUUGUGAAGUGAAUUUAAGUGAGGCAGAGUUGCACUACAUCGUCAGCCUCACUCUCUUUUCCAGAGUCAUUGAAGUCCAGAAUAAAAUAGAAUGGAUAAGGAUUUCUUUAAUCACCCUUUAUAGUCUGAACUGUCCACUAGCUCUGGAAGCCACUUUAAUAUGCUAGGGAA